CCAUCAAAUACUUUUGUCCUUUAUUCGGUUAUACGCAGUAUAUUUAUCAGGGGAAAUCAAAAUAUUUUAUUAAACUCUAUAGUAUAUUAAUUAUGGCCGGCGACCCAUCUCAAAUACACCAGGAUAUAGCACAAGAAUUUUUACGUUAUUUUUAUUCUAAAAUACAAACAACCAGAGAGGAACUGAUUAACCUAUAUACUGAUAAUGCUAUGUUGUCAUAUGAAGGCCAAGCUUUUACUGGAAAACAGUCUAUACUAGAUAAGCUCAAAUCUUUACCAAAAUACAGUUUAAAUGUAUCUUCUUGUGAUUGUCAAUUCAUAGAAUCAGAUGCUACCAGGUUGCUCAUUUUAGUGACGGGAACUAUUACACUAGAACAAGGACAGCCUAUGCAAUUUUGUCAUAACUUCCACUUGAGGCAAUUCAAUCAAUCUACCUGGCUCAUCACCAACGAAUUAUUUAGAUUCUCAUUUUUAGGCUAAAAAUACCGAAUUUGUACAAUAGAAUGUAUUUUUUUUUACAAAAAGAAUUUUAUACUGAUAUAUUUUUUUUAAAUGCGAUAAAAUAAACAUGAUAUAUAUCUUCCCAAAUAUAAAUUUGAUUAUGACGAAAUGAAUUAUAAAAUAUGAAAGAUUUACA